UCGUAAUUUCGCUCCCGGAAGUGAUCCGCAGUGAAUUGGACAUGCAGUAUCUGCGCCCUCUAGUUACUCCGUCAUGCGUUCGCUUGUUGGUCUGAUUGCUGUAAUAUUGACGGCUACUUUUUACCUUUAUUUACUGUCCUCUUUUAUCCCUCCUGGACCUCGGCUGCCUAAGCAAGACCAUGGAGAGACGAGAAAAUCUAAUGAUGAAGACAACCCAAGUGAAAUGGAGACUGCAGCCUCCAGGUUGAAGUUCCCAUCAGAUCUGGAUGAACUGAAAGAGAUGGCAGAGCUGUUGCAGUUUUAUAAGACACAGCACACAGGGUAUGUGUUGUUACUCGUCUGCAGUGCCUACCUCUACAAACAGGCUUUUGCCAUACCCCGUUCCUCUUUCUUAAACAUCUUGGCUGGGGCUUUGUUCGGGACAUGGUAUGGUCUUCUCCUCGCCUGUGUCCUCACCACAGUGGGUGCCACUCUAUGUUUCCUCCUGUCCCAGGCAUUUGGCAAGCAGCACAUUGUGAGACUCUUCCCCGACAAGGUGGCCAUGCUGCAAAAGAAGGUUGAGGAAAACAGAAGUAGCUUGUUCUUUUUUCUGCUGUUCCUGAGAUUCUUUCCCAUGAGUCCAAACUGGUUCUUAAACAUGACCUCCCCACUACUGAAUAUUCCAGUCACUCUUUUCUUCAUGGCUGUCUUCAUUGGCCUGAUGCCAUACAACUUCAUCUGCGUCCAGACGGGAUCAAUGCUGUCUCAAAUCUCCUCUCUGGACGACUUGUUCUCCUGGAGUGUGGUGUUGAAACUACUGCUUAUUGCCUGUGUUGCUCUGCUGCCUGGAGCUCUGAUCCGUACAUACAGCACUCAGCAUCUCCACCUGGAUGGCCAUGAAACAAAUGGACUCAGUCAAGACAAGAAAAACAGAUAAGGGACAGUGUGGGGUCAGUGAUUCGAUCCCCCUUGGCUGCUUUGUGGGUGGCUACUUUUUGUAUUUAAAGUGGCUUUUAAGAGCUCUAAAAUCUUUUUUGUGGCCUCACAUUUUUAAAAAUGGAAAUGUAAGUUUUACAUAUUCUUUACUUGGAAGGCUGCUAUGCCGUUACUGGCAUGGAUUGAAAUGUAGUGAGAAAAAGGGACUUUUUGCUGCCGUUUUGGGAAGUUCUGUAUUUACAUAUAAUAUUGGUGGUCUUGAAUUCUGAAUCCUGCCUUUAUGUACAAAUCACAGAAAUAUGAAACUGUUCAUCUGUCGGUUUUCACUUACUAUACAUACUGUACAUUUAUUCCAGUGCACAUCAGCUGUCCAUAACAGGCUUUUGUGGUUUAAAAGAUGUGAAAUUUUGCAGCAAAAUAGACAUUUGAGGUAUUUGAUACUAUUCUUCUGUAUUUACAGACUAAUAUCAUGGAUUUUGGUUGUGGGUUACUGUCUUUUGAAGUUUCACAUCAGCCUUAAAAGUGACCUACCUCACUGAAGUGAAAUGUUUACUAUUUUACUUUCUUGGAGUACUUGUAAAUAUUAAAACAUAAAGCUGUAAAUAUUCACUAUGGGUUUUGUUUCUUUAUGGGGAAGGCGGCAGUAUGUGAAGUCCUGCCUGAUCACUGAAAGCCCAUCCAACUUAGUGUUAAAAUGGUGAAUUAAAGCAAAUUCUUGUUUAUAUGUCAGUGGCAUUACCAAUGCUGGGAGCAGAAUGUAGUAUUUUUAUUCACCGAACACCCACAUCACGUGAGUAAAGCUGUUUACGAUGUGAUCAAUCAUCUGAUAAUAAACUCAUUCCAUUAGCUUCUGUCAGAACAUUUGAUCAUAUCUACAUGCUGUGUUCAUUUCAAGCUAGUAUUCAUACGCAGUUGAUGAAUGUUAUAAAUGCCGUUUUUUAAUUAAAGAA